AUGAUUUACAGCUCUUUGCUCGAAAAAUCUACCUUACUUUGCGCCUUUCUACUUUAUGCACUCUCACCGGUAGUGGCUCAAUCAUCUUCGACAUCCUCCUCGUCAAGCUCCGUCGCAGGUUCAUCUUCAACAAGCAACUCUAUCUCUAGUGGCUCUAUCACUGCUAGUGCAACCAUUAGUGGCUCUGGAUCCAGUCUCUCUGCCAGCUCAACAACGUCGGCUGCUCUACCUUCAUUAAGCGGCUAUGAUACCUGUGUUGUAACAUGUUUCGAAACCGCCAUAGCACAAGCGAACUGCUCUAGCGUCGUCCCAGAGAGUUGUUACUGCAACAGCUCGGACUAUCAAAGUGCUCUCAUAUCCUGCAUGCAGUCCAACUGCGCUAGCGAACUUGCCACCGCAGAAGGAUUGACGAACCAGUUUUGCGCGCUCGCAAGCACUAGCACUUCGAUCUCCUUUUCAAUCACCUCCUUACCCUCCUCCAGCUCCUCGUCUAGUUCUUCCAGCGCAUCGGGUGAUGGAUCUACAUCUGCGUCUGUAACUUCAUCUUCUGGUACCAGUGCGUCGUCGAGUAGCAGUACCAGCGCCAGCGCCUCCAAUGCUGCUUCGGGAAUAAUUCUGGGAGGCAUCAAUCAAGCGGCAUUGACCAACUUGCUCGUUGCCGCUAUUGGAGUCCUCGCUGGAGCAUUGCUUGUUGGUUAA